AUGUCUACCGUGAAGGAGGAUGAGACACGGGUCUCGAGACCGAGUCAAUCUGCCAGGAAGCCCGGUGCUCAUUUAGCAAACCCUGCACCUUUAGCGAUGGGUGGUUUUGCUACCACUCUGCUAUCUGUGUCUUUGGCUAUGAUGAACUUCCGUGGUGUCUACACACAAACUAUUUUCAUGGGUGAUCUUUGCUUUGUCGCUGGGAUCGGUAUGCUCAUUUCCGCUCAAUGGGAGAUGGCCCGAGGGAAUACAUUUUCUUAUACAGUUCUUUCUGCCUAUGCAUUCUUUUAUGGCGGUUACGGAGUAAUUAUGAUUCCCACAUUAGGCAUCGUGGAUGCAUAUGGCGGUUAUACUCCAGAGUACCACAACGCCCUGGGUUUCUUUGUCUUGUUAUGGGCGGUCUUCAACCUCUUCUUUCUCUUAGCCAGCUGUGCUCUGAACAUUGUUUAUAUCCUUCUGUUCCUUACACUUGAGCUGUGUCUCAUUUUCGACGCCGCGUCUAGCUUUGUCCUGGCCGACGGGUUGAUCGACAAAAGUGCGAAUCUCAUGACCGUUGCCGGUGCUUUCGCUUUCGUUUCCAGUUUACUUGGAUACUAUUCUGUUCUUCAUUAUCUGUGUGAAGACUCUCUGCCAUUCUCGGUUCCGAUGGGCGACACUUCUCGGGCUUGGAAGCGUUGGUGCAAAAAGACAACUCGGGAAGAUUCGAAGGGUCAAGAAGAAUUGGUGUGA